AUGGGCAAGCGAGUGGCGGCCCACAAGCACAUUGUGCCCCGCGUUGCGCCCGUUGUCGACAAGGCGAGCGCGCCGCCGCUCGCCCUCCCCACCUCCCUUCCCCGACCCCCCACCAUGACCGUCGCGCUCGCGCCACCGCCGCCCACGUCCGCCGCCGCCGCCACGAAGACCAUCGCCCGCGCCCCCCGCGCCCACGCUCAGCGCACGAGCUCCCUCACCCUCUCGCCCUCGCGCGUGCCCGUGCCCGUGCGCACGCCGUCGACGCCCCCGCGCAAGUCCCCCCUACGCGCGUCGGCCUCGCUCGACGACCUCCUCCCGAGCCCCACCACCACCCCGCCCCGCCGGGCGCACGACGUCAUGCUAGAGGAAGCGUUGGAACGGACAGAGACGACGUACUUGGCAUGGGAGGUGGCCGAGCGCGCUGUCGACGCAAGCGACGGGAAACGCAGCCUGGAGAAGAUUCUGGCCGACAUCAUGGAGCGCUUCCUCGUGGCGCUGGGCGUGGAGCUGCUCGAGGCGGCGGAGGGACUGCACUUCUCGUUCGUCGACCCCCGCAACAGCGGCGACGUAGACAAGAUGGUGGCGCAGGCGCUUCGGCUCUCUAAACUCUUCGCGGGUCGGGGAUACGGCGUCGACCGCGUCGUGAUCACGGUUCCCGCGACGGACGCGGGGCUCGAGGCGAGCACCGUGCUCGCGCGCGUGCACGGCGUCCGCACCAGCCUUUGCUUCGCGUCGGGGCCCGCGCACGCCGCGCGGUGUGCGAGCGCCGGGGCGUCUUUCGUUGUGUUCUCCUACAGAUUGCUAUCCGAAGCCUAUGUGCGGCGGUGGGACUGGAUGCGCUCGCGCUGGGCGCCCACGGAGCCGCCCGUCGCCCACAGCGUGGAGGAGGCGAUCGCGGCGAGCGCGGACCUGUUCCGCGCGCACCGCGUCGCAGCGAAGAUCGUGCUCGCGGACCUGUGCGACGUGCCCGAGCUGAGCGCCGCGCAGCGCCUGCAGGCCGUCGACGCCGUCGUCCUCGAUCUCAAUCCGGCAGGGGGCAGCUCGCGGGCGAAACCGAUGCCGGGGGUGCCGAAGGCGAUGGACGAGGGCGCAGCGGCCGCUGGCGCUGGUCCAUCGACCGCGCGAUCUUCUCUUCCUGGGCCUCCUGGCCGCCAGGCGCGGACGCCCGCCGCCGGUGGCUUUUCGCCGGCGAUGUCCGCAGCGGAGCGCUCCGUAGCUGGGGCAACGCUCCAGGCGGGCCUUGUCGCGGCGGCUGGACACAUGCAGCGGGCAGAGUCAGCGCUGCGCGAGUACCUGCUCGUCAAGGCGGAGAUCGCUCACAUGGAUCCGGACGACGGGCUCGCGGCGGAGUAUUUGGAGGACGUGAGCACGCAGUCGGAGAUCUGCAGGCUGCAGCAGGAGGGCUACGAAUUCGAGCGCUUCCCACCGUGCAGGAGCGGGCACAUUGGAUUCCGGGUGGCUUGCAGUCGCUGGGACGAUCCAGAGUGGUGGUAG